GAAGCGCAGACUAGAUUUACUGGGGCAAAUUUUCAGUUAUUCUAUUGGUGAAUUUGCUAAUUUUUAUCAUAAUGUUGUACUUUCUACAUUAUGAUUAUAAUAUUGGUAAGUGAUAUUUUUAUUCUAAGCAGGUCGGAUCGUCGAACAUCCGUCAAAGAAAAAGAAAAGGUGAAUGAAAAAAGAUGAAUGAGGCUAAGUCUUCGAAGAUUCUAAGCUCUUUUUUACAAGUAAAGAAACAAGAUUCUCAGAUGAAGGAUAAAAUUCCGAUUGUAUCCUACGUUUCCGAAAAAUUUUGAGAGAAAAAUCUUAUAUGAUAUUUCUGGAUUUCACCGAUUCUCGGGUUUUGAUUCAGAAAAAAGAAGAAAAUUUUUCACUAUACAUUAAUAUUAUUUUCAAAGCUUUGUUUAAGAAAAUUUGUUUUUCUAAACUUAUGUUUGCAUAAUUGAUAUUAAAUAUAGAUUAAACAUGUUAAAUAUCUUUGUUGAAUCUUGUGUUUCGAAUUUAUGUAAGCUACGUUAAAGAUUCGAUUAUACAUUUGCUUGACACAUUAAUCUCGAUCACGCCUCGAAAGAAACGUCGAGGAUUUUCGGGGAUCGCUGCCCGAGUGGCGGUCUCGUUACACAAGCGGCUCUCGAAGAAUACGGAGGAUUAAUUGGCGGGUCCGAUCGCGCGCGCCGCGCGCCGCUACCCCUCGCCCUGCUUCCUCGCCCGCCCUCUCGCAGCGAUCCCUUCGAAGGGGUUGCACGCCACGUCGGUCGGGUCUCCGCAGCUAGAGUGGCGAGAGAGAAGAAAAAAAAAGAAGCGCGCAGAGAGGAGAAACGAAAGAAAGGAGCUGCUAAUUGACACGGGCGAUUGCACGUAACGGUAUAAUUAGAGAAAAGAAUACGGAGAGCCCGGGCCGGUGCACCGAUGAAACCAAUGAACCAGCCACCGCGCGCGCGGCAAAGGGAGGAGAGAAGAAACGAGAAAGGCAAAGAGAGAAAGACGGAGUGAGAAAAUGCGCGAGCGAAGUGGCGAAAGAGAGACGAACGGAAAGGCAGAAAAGCAGCAGGGGAGAGAAGCAGCCGGCGGGUUUCGUGCGACCAUCGAGGGGUUCCCUCUCCGGCAGAAAGAGCCGCGGGCCUAUGGUAAGAUGGAAAGGGAGAGAAAGAGAAAGAGAGAGAGAGGAGAAUGAGAACGAGAUCGAGGGUAAGGGAGAAAGAGAGAGAGAGAGAGAGAAAAGCGCUGGUCGAAGAGACAGAGAAGGGGGGUACGCGACGAUCGGAGGGAGAGAAAGAGAGAGAGAGAGAGAGAGAGGGAUGGAUCGGGAGGGAGAGCGAAAAGAGAGGGACCGUAGGCUCCCGUGGACCCUACCGCGAUCAUUCUGUACCAACACGCCGCGCCGGUCGGUUUCGCAGCGUUCCCAGUGCCCUUCGACAAUACCACGAGGAGGAGCAACCGUUCUCCAACGAGGUCACUUCCGCGUCCCCCGUCGAGGGAGAGUCACCGAGUCGCCCCGUUCUCCUCCGAGAGGAACGUCGUUCUUCUUCUUCUUCAGCCGCGCAGGACGAGACUCGGGGAAGUGUGCCCCCUUCGGUGAAAGGUGCCGCCUGGACUCUGUUUCAUUUCUUUUUUUCUUUCAUCUUCCGGGAGUUCCAUUCCACCGGGGACCAGACUCGUUCAUCCGGACGGAUCGCACUUAAUCGGGUUGGUUCCCCGAAGAGAGAAGAGAUGAUGAUGCGCCAAUCUUGGGAGUCCAGGGUAGAGAUCUAACGGACUUUAAGUUGGAGCGGAGAAUCUCGUUGAAGAAGAAGAUGAUGAUGUGGUGACGCGAUCGUUUUUCAACGCUCCUGAAGAAGGCUACAAGGAUCUUUACGCGACAUAAAAGAACGAAGGCUCGACGGAUCGUCGAAUGAUGCAGCUCGGUAGCUCGCUUUUAUCUCGGACGUUCGAUCGGACGACAGGUUCUCCAGUGGAACAGAAACAGCGUGCGUCCGCGGGCGCAUCCGGGCGGAACAUAGUCGAGAUAUAGGCGUACGACGUCGGGAUCGUCGAAGCGGCAAUUAACGCGACGCGUUAAAGAUCGGGGGCGCGAUCGACGCGUCUCGGGCUCGCUAUCCUCGCGGAGAGCGAGGAUCAAGAGCCGGGAUCUCGUGACCAGUCGCGCCGAACGGUCCGACCGCGACUCGUUUACCGGGCUCGCGCGCGCGCGCGCGCGGCGAAAGAGUUCGGCGGAAAUUAUUCCGUCAAGAUCGCAAUCGCGCGCUCGCGCGCCAGCGCAGCAGCAGCAGCAGCAGCAGCAGCAGCAGCUCGCACAGGCGAUCAGGUUUCGCUCCGAGAAGAAAUCUCGCUCUUCCAGCGCCUUCUCCGCACCGCGCCGCGUCACGCGCCGUGCCGCGCUACGACGCUACACUGUGCCGUACCGCGCCGGAGAAAAAUCGCCAAGCGCAGUAUAAGCCCUCGCGAUCGCAACAGGCUGCCCGAUCUUCUCCGUGCAAGCCGAGAGACCGGGUACUGAACUAAUUAUGCGAGCCGGUGGAUGUUACGGACCGCAAAAUGAGACGUGAAACGGUGUGGAGUCGUGUAGUCGCGCGUAGAAGGAGAGGAACCUUUCCAUCCGGAGGACCGUUCGCGAUUCAAAGGACAAGGGCCCGUCGCGGGGAUACCCGAUAAGGAGAAGAAGGCAAGAUCGAUUCGCACUCCGGCGAUCGGUGUUAUCGCGGAAGGACGAGCGAGCGAUACGGGAUUAUUCCGACGAGUCGAGCCGGGGCGCAAUUAUCUCUCGUACUUAACGACUGCGGCUUGCUCCGUCCCGGGGUAAAGGAGAAGGAUGACGAUGCGUGGCAAUGGUGCACUCGUGAUCCUGCGAUCGCUGAUGGUUGCCGUCGCCGCCGCCGCCGUCGCCGCAGCCGCAGCCGCCACCACGACGGUACCGGGGACCUGGAUAAACCUGGGUCUGCGACACUUGCCGCAACUGGAAUCGGCGCAGUCGAUGGAGCCGUUUGACGCGAGUGCCUCCACGAUCUGCGUCGGCCUGAAGGGACUGUCCCAGGGUCAGGGGAAGCUCUGCCAGCUAUCCGUGGACCACAUGUUCAGCGUGGCCAAGGGCGCCGCCAAGUACAGCGUCAUGGAGUGCCAGCAUCAGUUCAAGGACAGAAGGUGGAACUGCUCCACCGUUCCCGACGAGACCGUGUUCGGUCCGAUACUCAGAAUAGCGAGCAGGGAAACCGCGUUCGUUCACGCGAUCACCGCCGCCGGAGUGGUCUACUCCAUCAGCCGUUCCUGCCGGGACGGCCAGCUGUCGUCGUGCGGCUGUUCCAUGAGUAGCAGGCCCAAGGACCUGAAGCGCGAUUGGAUCUGGGGCGGAUGCGGGGAUAAUCUCGAAUACGGCUACAAGUUCACGCAGGCGUUCGUUGAUGUGCGGGAACGGGAGCGCAGCUUCAAGCGAGGCAGCCGGGAGCAGGGCAGGAGCCUGAUGAACCUGCACAAUAACGAGGCCGGUCGCAGGGCCGUCAUCAAAAGGUCCAAGGUAAUGUGCAAAUGUCACGGCGUUUCCGGAAGCUGCAGCUUGAUCACCUGCUGGCAACAGCUCGCAUCGUUUCGCGAGAUCGGAGAUUUUCUACUAGACAAAUACGACGGUGCGACCGAAGUCAAGGUUAAUAGGCGCGGUCGCUUGUCGAUGCGCGAUCCUAGGUUCUCCGUGCCCACUGCGAACGACCUGGUCUACUUAGACGACUCGCCAAACUACUGUCUCCCGAAUGACACCCUGGGGUCAUUAGGCACACAGGGCAGAUUAUGCAAUAGGACCUCGUCCGGCAUGGACGGCUGUAAUCUUCUUUGCUGCGGUAGGGGCUACAACACGCAGAAGUCGACCAUCAAGCAGAAAUGCGAAUGCAAGUUUCACUGGUGUUGCUUCGUCGAGUGUAAGACCUGCGUGAAGAGUAUCGAUAUACACACUUGCAAAUAGCGCGCUACUAUUUAUGUCUUUCUUUAUCACAAUUUCUUUACGGGCUUGUACUCGCAAUGUCGAAGAUAUAUACGUACAAUUGACAGUAUGUUGUAUUCUGGUAACGGCGGCAUUAAUAUUUUACAGUCAAUGAAUUUUUGAAUCGAUACUUUUCUCUAAUUUAAAAUUUCAUCAAAUAAGUUCUAUUAAAGUCUGUCUCUUCCACAAAUGUGCGUGUAUGUGUGGUACGUGUGUAUGGAUGUUCUUAUGCAAUAUUGUUGCGAUAGGUUUUCAGCGUAGGUGGAGGUAAAUUUAAUCAGAGAAAUUAAUUAUCUUAUCGUAAACUAUUUGGGGCCUAUAAAAAAAACUUAAGCGAAUCAAGAAACGUUCGAUUGUGUGUUCGUAGGGAUUAAGUGCUUCGCAAACGAUUUACGAUCACUAAAUUGACGCAAUUUUUUUCAACAGAGACGAGCGGAACUUAAAUUGCAUUCAGUCUUUCAUGCCAAGUUCACGUUAAGUCGUGUUAAAUAAAUGUCUGCAUAUAUACAUGCUAAUUAAACCAUUUUUUUGUAAACAUAAUUUAAUGUCUCAAUAUGUCUCUUGUAUUGUUUAACGCUACAUUAAAAAAAAAUUAAUUAUUUAUUCAGAAAACGAGAUCUUGUAGAUAUUAAAAAGAUAUCGUAUCAAAGAUAUCUUUUAGAUCGCUAUAUCUUUCUGAACCUUUUCGAAAAAAUGCAAUCAUCUCAAGACGUGGCAAAUCUUUUAAACAUCUAUCUUUAUAUAUCGGUAAUUAUUCCGCAUGACACGCAUACGCACCGAUAAAUUAUUUUGAUACCGUAAUAGCAUCACUCUUUAUACAAGAUGAUUAUUAAUAAGUCUCCCCACUUUUUAUCAUAGAAGUACGCAAUUGUAAUUUCUAAUAUAAUAAUAUGUUAGAAAUACGUAUCCUUUGGUAAAUCAUGCUUCUAUGGUAAAAAGUGGAGACAUUCAUUAAUAAUCACCGUGUAUAUAGCUGUAAUAAUUACUUAAUAUAUGAAAAAAAUAGCUGUAACGUAAAUUAUUUAAAGUGUUCGUUGCAUUUCUAUUUAUUUGCUCAGAACAAGCGAUUUAAUCUAGCAAUCCGUAAGAUAGCGCGCACAAGCGAGCAACAUUGGCGGAUUACUUAAAAAUACGUAAGAAUUUUAAGAGGGAUGCUCUCUCAAAGAGAUUAUCUGUAAAAGUAUUAUAUAUAUAUAUCCAAGUAUAGAAUAUAUCGUUAUUAUGCAAACGUAGUGAAAGAGGGGAAAAAGUGAUUCUAAGAAGCUGAAAAAAGUCCAAAAUUAUUUUUUUAAUUUACAUAUACAGAAUGAUACAGGAAUAUUUUUGAUAAUUGUACAGGUUUAUAAACUGGAGUUUAUACAUCAUAAACUGGUAUAUGUACUAAUAUUUAUGUCUAAUUACUGAACAAAUCUAUCAAUUCUCAGAAUUAUUUUUGUAUCAGUCUGUAUAUGCAUAUAUACCUAACUUAACUUAAAUUUUCUAUUACAGUCAUUACGAUAAGACUUAUAACAUUCCAUUUGCAUUGAAGAUCAUGUCUGAUAAAAUGUACUUGCCUUAGGUAACGACAUAGCUUUUAAGUCACAGCGUUACAUCUCUAAUAGACUAGACGUUUAUUUAACAACUGUAUAAUUAUUUAUUUUUACUCCUAGAUACUGUAAUGUACAAAACUCGGCAUUUCACAGUGGAUAGAUGCUAAGAUAAUAAAAUAUCUUAUAUCAA